AGAUUCUAGUUGUUGUUGUUUUUUUGUUGUUGUUUUUUUUUUUCCUGCAACGAAGAAAGUUAGAUCUAGAAAGUCAGAAACAUGGGAGGGGGGUAUCAAGGAGGCUGCAGGCAUCGCAGAUAAGAUCUGGGGGAAACUAAAAAUGACGGGAAAUUGGAAGCACUGAACACUAGAGAAUGUAGACAGCUUGUAGGCCUUGGAUUUGGAUACAUGUACGGAGAACGUAGACACUACCCGCCGGAAAUCCGAUAUGUAAAGGGAAAUAACUAUUGUUUUUAAAUCCAACAGUCAGAGAAGUAGAGUGAACUGAAGGCUGUGUCGAUCGAGAAGUAGGAAGUAUUCAAUAUGACAGCCAGCGCAGCUAGUCAAGAAUUCAUCAAAUGUGUUGUGGUUGGUGAUGGAGCUGUUGGGAAAACCUGUAUGCUGAUGAGCUACGCCACAAACAAAUUUCCCACUGAGUAUGUUCCGACGGUUUUUGAUAACUACGCAGUGACAGUCAACAUUAAAGAUGCUCCUCAUCAAUUAGGUUUGUUUGACACAGCUGGCCAGGAAGAGUAUACAAGUCUCCGCAUGUUGUCCUACCCAGAAACCAGCAUCUUCUUGGUCUGCUACUCUGUGGUCAUGCCAGAAUCCAUGAAGAAUGCAGAAACCAAGUGGAUACCUGAAAUCAGGCAUAAUGUUCCCAAGGCUCCUUUCAUCGUUGUUGGGACGCAGGUAGACUUGCGUGACGACGAACCGACGAAGCUCAAGCUGCAGAAACGGAAACUACGACCCAUCCCAGCCGAGGAGGGGGACAGGAUGGCUAAGAGACUGGGUGGGGAUUGCUACGUGGAAUGUAGCUCUCUCACCAAACAAGGGCUGAAAGAUGUCUUCGAUGAAGCCAUCCUGGCAGUUUUGGAGCCGAAGUAUACAAAACCUGAGAGGGGAAAAAGUCGGCUAAGGUGUGUCAUAUUGUGAAGUAUUUGAUUUCCCGGUUUUUUAUCAGAUCAGGGCAUCCGGAUUUGAGUUUUUAAUUUUUUUUAUUUCUUUGUUUUCUUGGUAUGCAAUCGCACACUGUUCCCUCCAGGAAGAGCCUGCCUUUUUGUUCAAGAUUUGGAACGAGCUAUUUAAAGACUGGAAAUAAUGCAUUGUUGUCUGCUCAUCCUUGGUCCCUGGCCCAUAGCUCAUCUAGAAUGAUAGAACGCUUACCGCUUGUCCGGUCCCAAGCUACUGCUGCUAACUCUUACAUUGCUGAUACAACACCCACAUAGAGAUUAGACAGCAUAUGUUAAUGUUAUGAAUGAGAAGAAAAAAUCUUGUCGUGUUUGAAAGGGACAGAAAUUUCUAAGCUCCUGGGCUCUCUUUCCCUAUGCUGUAGUUUGUUUUGCAAUGUGAUAUUAAGUGGAAUGUCUUAUUGGUUCAGACAAGGAACUCAUCUGCCCUAUGAUUUUUGUGGUGUUCUCUUACGAUGGAGCCUGAUAUAGUUGGGCGUUGAAUCUUUUGUCAUAUUGAUUCAACGAACACUUGGAUGGACUCAAGAAGUACUCUAGAGCAGCCAUAAGAUCCUAGUUCAUAUGUAGCAGCUUGCAACUCCAUCAAGUUUUUCGUUACCGAAGCAGUUUUUAGCAUGCUUCUCCUGCUAUGUGUAAAUGGCGUCACAUUUUCUGGGCCAGGGGUCAUAUUCUGGCUGUUAUUAAUAUUUUUCGAAGCUGCGAAUCUGUCGUCGCUCUUAUUUUUGUGGAUACAACCCAACUUUAUGCUACCUAAAAACUUGCACUUUGUGAGUUAUCCUAAAACUUGAGCUUUGUGGGGUAAAUACCUUUGCUUCGAAAUGCUCUAUGUCUUUCCCUGAAUCACUGUUUUUCUGACAUUGUAAAAACAGGGUCAAUGCGGGGGAUUGUUACGAUUACCAUAUAUUCAUGUCAUAUCAAAAUAAGACAUAUGUUACACGAACUGCUUAGAUAUUUUUAUUCAUAUGUGAAGAACAGCUCUAUCUUAGCCUGAUGAUAUACCUUUAUGCUUUGAGGACCUGAGUUGUGAAAGCUUUUUGAAGAGUUGUUUAUUUGCAUAAGUGGAAAUAGCUAUUGGAAAAACUGAGUGUUUACCACAUUUUGUCCCCAGAAAGGUGUCCUCAAAGUUACACAUACCGUAAUAACAAAAGAGUAAUGACUCCUGUGUUUAGUCAGCUUGGUGGGUUUUACUUGAAUGAUAAUGUUCUGACCACAAAAGCAGUUGUAUUUUGCACACUAAAAUGGUACCGUACACAAAAAUGGUAAGAAAACAUAGUC